CUUAAUCAUUCUACAAAUCCGUCUAUACAACAUUAUUGAAUGGAGGCUCCUAAUUAAUUAAUCACCUCCUCGAGCCGAGGUGUUUCGUGAUCCGCGCUGACCCACCAAAUAACUCGCUCUAGUGGAUACCCAUGCGCAUAUUUGAGCAACAUCGCGAGCCAUCUUAGUCUGUCGCGUAAGACAAAACUCCACGAUGCCCGACCAGGACUUGGAAAUUGUGCUCGAUACCGCUCAAUUGCUGACAUGAAGGACCCUCGGGGCAGACCCCCUCGAUUCGCCCCCGGGGUACCCUGUUUUCAUACAUAGAUUAGGUAGGUAUAUAUGGCAGAGACCCCUGCCGUGGAAGAGUAGUUGUGUCUUUGUUAAUCCAUACAAUUAUAACUUGCCACUUGGCUUGGUCUUGUAUACAUCGAUAUCUACUCAAUAACUUUCAUACUUUUUGAAGGUAACCAUGUGUUGCGACGGAGUUGGCCGCCCAAGCGCUGGAGGGCGAAUCGCAGUCAUGUUCCCACCCAAGAUCACAGGGGGGUCAUCGGCAUCACCUACGCUUAAUCCAUACACUCUGUUCUUCCACAAUACGCAGACAGCGAACGAUGUAAUAAGGACAAGGGCGGUCUUCAGAUUCGAUGACCCAAGCACAUUGAAGGCCCUGCAGAAUUGCAAGAAUGUCGAUCUGCGGAUAGAGCGAUAUGGAGAUUUGACGUCGACAAUGUCUACACGACCUCUCCAUUCCUUCACCCUCGACACGAGCGGUUCAAGAGAGAUGCAAUUCGAUCUCCCAGAGAAAUUGGACCUCGAUAUCUCCGACAGUGGCAUCCUCGGACGCCAAGUGACGCUACUAUCGCAAAAUUCUAUGCUUGGUACAGGAAUUGUCGGUUAUAAUUGAAUGGGCGUACUGGAUGGGUUUGCUUGCAUUUGCUAGAAUCGUGUGUUUAUUUUUUAUCACUCAUUAAGCGAUGGAUACGGCGUUUAGACUACAUUGAUCUGAUCUCAUGUUCUGGUUUAAUGCCGUCGU